AUGUGCAUCUCGUGCAAGGAAGUGGCCGGUGAUAACAGUGGGAUUUUUCCUCGCUGGUCUCACAGGGGCGACUGGUUCCUUCUGGACAGCCGUCAGGUGCGACACGUAGCUGUCGGUUUGUUUUGCUGCGGGGUCUCAGCCUACCUAUCGGCUCUUUCCAUGUACAUGCUGGUCCUGUUCGAAAUCGAAACUGGGAUCUCGGGUGCUUGCAUCCUGUCCUCCGGCAUCGUGGUCUUGGUGCUCACCGUCACGCACGCCCUCAUCCGGUCAUCCAGGACCGCGCCGGGCAGCCGAGGAGAGUUCUCGCACACCCUCUACGAAAACGAUUCUGCCGGUGAAGCACCAACAACUCACCUCAACAACACCAAGACUGUGGUCGGGCCCAGGGCCCGUCCCGAGAUCCAUCGCGAGUUCUCCUACCCAUCAGGCAUGGAGGCCAAAUCCUGCCUAACCACCCCCGGGAGCAGCAACUUGGCCUCCUCGGGGAGUGGCGAGCCGGCCUCCGAGAAAGAGAGUUACGCCGUCUCCCGGAUGCACUGCACGCUGUCGGCGGAAUCGGCGCUCCUGCAGGUCCACGGAAAACCAUGGGAAGGGGUCACACGCGAAAUGAAGAACGUCCUUUCCCGGAAACCCGUAGGAUCCGGGAAAGAUUCGACCUUGGUGUGAAAACUCGGCAUAGGAAAGUCGCUUCCGUGCUGAACGCUAUGUAGAUCCAGCCUUCUCCAGCCCAGGAAGGAACAAGAUUCCCGCGCCCACCCAACCUCUCCUCUAAAAGCUGGUGGAACUCACCGCCACAAGCUGGGGUGACCAAGACAGGCGAGGGGAUUCCCAAGACAAAGGUGGGAGAUCAAUAACCCAAAGCAAGGAGAUGUUUCAGGAGCAGCUCGACCCGCUCCACCUCCCCUGUGAGUCGGCGGGAAAUGGUUUGUUAAAAAAUCUGCGUGAGCGGCUGUCUUUUAAUAAAAAUAAAAACCAGAUUUCGUUCUGCUGACAUCACUUUCAAAACAGGUCUGAAUUAAUCCCGUGACUCAUGCCGGUUUCUCUCCGUCAUCCGAACGGCCCGUUUUAGCUUUUAUUCCAAAGCAAAGCUUCAGAGUGCGUGUUUAUUUAUAGACAUAAAUCUACAUUUAUAUAUACAUACUCUGGAUUACCAAACCAGCUUAAUAGAGAUAAUUUGUUUUGCUUGUCAAA